CUGCAGUCGUUCGUCGGCGGAUUGCUUCUUCUUCUUCUUCUGUUCGAAUACGACCGCGGCCUUUGAAAGCUCCAUCGAGCUCUCCAUCUCAAAAGUUUCGAGCUCACGCUUCUGUGCUUUUUGGAAGGGCGGGUCCGUAGCUUGUCGGGCCCGGAGGCCCGUGUCGAUCCGAUGCUUUUUCGUUCAGUGUCUGCACCUGAAAAUGAGGAAAGCUUUUUUAACCAUUUGAAAGCAGCCAGAGACGACCCGGCAGCCGUAGCUCUCCUCCUUUCUUGACGACCCAAUUUUGCUUUGAUUUUCAUACCGUGUUUUCCCAACGCUCGUCCUUCUCAAAAGGGAGUCCAAAAGAUCCUCGCUUUGCCCCAUCCGCCCCAUCUUUAAUCCUUUCCGAGCACGACCCAGUUGAGCAAUCGGGAUACAAGGACAUCUCAUUCGCUGUCCUUCGGGUUGAUGGAGCAGUGUGCCCAUGGAUUGGCUUAAUGAUUUUUAGUUCUCCUACAAUUGAAUUAGAACCUCCUCGGUGGUGCACGAAGCUGAGCUAGUCCGACUUCAAGAGUCCUUUCACCACUCCAUUGUUCAAGAAUGGACAAUGACGAUGAUUUCACCUUCUGUCAGGUGGCCCCACCUACUGAACAGGAAGGUCCACAGGGGAAGAAGCUUGUUGCGGAUAUUGAUGGUACAUCCAUUAGCAAGGAAUCUUCAAGUGUCUCUGGGGGCAGUCAGAAUGGAAGUUUUCUAUGGAAGGAUAAAGUAGAAGGUAAUUCCAUCCCUACUCAGCAGGGAACAGUUGGAUCUUUAACUUUCAAUGUUAUAGAUACGUCCUCGACCAAGAGUGCUAGCAAUCCCUUAAAAGGAACGGCUUCAACCAAUGCCACCACUUUGGUUAAAAACUCGAGCGAGCAGAAGUCAGCUGGAAGGAAGGCUGCACCUCGCGCCAAGGUUCCCUUUGAGAAGGGUUAUAGCCCAAUGGAUUGGCUGAAGCUCACUCGAACUCAUCCUGACCUUGCAGGAUUGAAGGGACAGUCUAACAGAAGACUGAUAUCAAUGGAGGAAGUUAAACAGCACCAACUGGAUGGUUCUAUGUGGACUGUCUUAAAAGGCCGUGUUUACAAUAUAUCCCCAUAUAUGAAAUUUCAUCCUGGAGGUGUUGAUAUGUUGAUGAAGGCUGUAGGAAAAGACUGUACAUCCUUAUUUAACAAAUACCAUGCCUGGGUGAAUGACGAAUUCCUGCUGGAGAAAUGCCUUGUUGGAGUAUUAGAUGAUAGCCGCAAAUAAACAACAGCAGUACAUGAAUGACUGAUAAUUUUUCUCAUUUUUAUUUUUUGAAGAUGGUGGCACUGCCAUGCGAUUCUGCAAUAAACUGGAGCCAUCGAGUGUCCAAGCAGUUUAUCUCCAUGUUACAUCAAGAAAGAUGAUGGCACAAGCAUCCAGUGGCAAUUCGUUGUCAUUCAUGUAGUAUCGUGUUUAAACAUCGAUUUUGUUGUAUGUCCUGAUGACAUUUUAGAAAAUAAUGCAUACUGCCUAUACUGUAGUCCAAA